UUGCUGUCACCGGGAUCAUUCGGUUUCACUCGAUCGUCUCCGCUCUAUCCGAAAUAUGCGGUUUACCUAAAGUGUUCGUCGCGUCGACUCCAACAUCGAUAAACGGUGCUCGUUUUCCGCGUCGAAGGAUUCGAAUUUUCUCGCGGCAGAGAGGGAAAAAUAAAGAAUCGAGAGAAAGAGAAAGAGUAAAUCGUCUCGGUCUGGUGGUGGUACGUGGCGUUCUUCGAGUGCAGAUUCACCGAUCGACCAGGGGAACGCUAAUUCCAAGGAAAUGGAAGGCACGGGAAUGAUUAACGACGCGGCCGUCCGCCAGGAGAGCAGGAAGCUGUGGCAGUACCUCGCUUCUAUUUCCGCAUGCAUACUGGUAGUCGGUGUGGGCACGGCUCUGGCAUGGACCUCGCCGGUGCUUCCACAGCUGUACGCAGCCGAUUCGUGGCUCGUCAUCACCAAGGAACAAGGUUCUUGGAUCAGCUCUCUACUCGCACUGGGAGCCAUCGCUGGUGCUCUGGGUUCGGGAUCGAUGGCGGACAAAAUGGGACGAAAAAAGUCUCUUCUUCUGCUAUCCGUUCCGUUCUUGCUCUCCUGGGGUAUCAUCCUUGUCGCGACCGAAGUAAAGCUUCUUUACAUCGCCAGAUUUUUGGUCGGUAUCGGCGUUGGUGCGGGAUGCGUCCUCGGACCGACGUACAUCUCCGAAAUCUCCGAAGUCUCGACCAGAGGAACGCUGGGCGCGCUAUUUCAGCUGUUUCUCACCGUUGGAAUUUUUGUCGCGUUUAUCCUCGGAAGCGUUCUCAACUACACCAUGUUAGCCCUCGUGUGCGCUCUCAUCGUCGUUUUCUUCUUGACUACCUUCUAUUGGAUGCCCGAAUCUCCCGUCUGGUUGGUGAAUCAAAACAGAAAGCAAGAAGCCAUGUCGGCCAUGUCGGUACUCAGAGGAGAGGACUACGAUCCCAAACAGGAACUGAACGAGAUGCAAAAGGAAGCAGAGGCUAGCGCGGGCAAAAAGCCCAGCCUGUCCGACAUGGCGAAAGACCCGGUUAACAAGAAGGCUAUGAUCGCUUCCUUCGGUAUGAUGUUCUUUCAGCAGGCUUCCGGUGUAAACGCCGUCAUCUUCUACACGGUGAUGAUCUUCGAGGCAUCGGGAAGCUCGAUGGCGCCGGAACUGGCCUCCAUUCUCGUCGCGUUAGUUCAGUUGGUAAUGUCAGGUGUGGCGGCGUUGAUCGUGGAUAGAGCAGGAAGGAAGCCGCUGCUCAUGAUUUCCACCAGCAUUAUGUCGGUCAGCCUGAUCGCGCUUGGAUAUUACUUCCAACAGAAAGACGACGGAAACGACGUCAGCUCGCUAGGCUGGUUGCCGUUAGCCUCCUUGAUCGUCUUCAUGGUCGCCUUCUCCAUCGGAUUGGGCCCGGUACCAUGGAUGUUGAUGGGCGAGCUGUUCGCCGCUGAAACAAAAGCAGUCGCCUCCAGUGUCGCCGUCAUGUUAAACUGGUUGUUGGUGUUCAUCGUAACAAAGACGUUCCCGAUGAUGAACAAGGAGUUGGGUACCGACAUGACGUUCUGGAUCUUCGCCGUGGUGAUGGCUUGCGCCACGGCGUUUACGCACGUCUUGGUCCCGGAAACCAAGGGGAAAACCUACCAACAGAUCCACGACGAACUUCAAGGUGGCCCUACCGUGGACAAAUCGGUUCAACAGAUGAAAGCUAUCGCCUGAAAGCGAUAUCGACAAUCGUUAUCGAUCUCAACGUUAAAAAAAUAUUUCCAACCUUUUCGUACAUUCAUCCAUUCGAAGCGUUCGAAUCGUGUUUCCAUCGCUUUCAAACGCCGAUCGGAUCGCGUCGUCGUAUCAUCGUCGAUCUCGUUUAUCGAUCGCGCACGACCGUGGCCUAAAAUCGAUUUGUUAUUAUUUUUUCGACAAAAUCACGAACAGGACGGAUCCGAUCGAUUUAAUUAUUUCGUUUUAUCGACCGAUCGCGCGCUGCUAUUGUAAGAAACGCGACCAAGUGCUCGAGAUGCUUUCGCGCGAAACGAACGUGGACGUUGCGGUAGAAAACGCGACCGAUCGAAUAUGCCGUCGGCCAACGCGACGCUGUUUCUCCGUUGUACAACCGUAAUUUUUAUUCGAUCGAAUUACCGACGUUCGAAACAGCUCCGACGUCGCCUCUCCCAACCAUCGACGCUUUGCCUCUUGCAAUUUUUAUCACGUCCCUGUAUUUAUCGCCCGUAUGAAAGCGUAUCGAUUCGUAUUCGAUCGUUUUUCUCGUAAGAAAUUUAUUUUCGUUCGGGCAAAUCAAUCGCGACGAUUCGCUGUGACCCCGGCGACAAAGAGCGAGUUUCUCGUUUUUCGGUCGUUCAAUUUCGUAAUGUCGAUCCCGCGGUCGUGCAACGUGCCCACGCCCGACAUCAUUAUCGCGAGUGGACGAUUAUCUGGAUGACGUUCACAAUGGAAAGAUUCGCCGUUGCAUCGCCAGUCGUUCCACGUAUCUCGAGCUAUCGUCUUUUAUUUUACAUUUUCCUCGAUUUCUCGAGGAUAUGGAUACGGCGACCGCGGGACGAGUGUCUCGUGCCGAUAACCACGAUAACUGCUGCGAGGCUAUCGUCUAGUCCGGUAAUCGAACGAUCGACGCGUAAUUCUUUACAGCGUUUGUUUCUCUCUCUCCCAUUCCUCCUUUUUCCUCCUUUACGACACGAUUUUCUGACACGAUCGUAUCAACGAAUCGUACACCGCGUCACUCUCAUGGCCGUAGAACAGAGGUGUUCGUUAUAAAAAUCAAACUCGACGUCACGAUUCGGUGACUUUUUCGACUUUUUUACCUUCUCGCGUAGAAGAAGAUUUAUAAUAUUAAAAAUGUAAGAAGAUAAUCACGCUGCGUACAAUAAAGCGAAAAUAUUAAACUCGUA